AUGGGCGAGGAAGAUGAGGUUACGCAUGCCAGUGCAGGCAACGAUCACUCAAAAGUAGAAGCAAAACUAGUUCUACUCAGAACGCAACGAAAUGUAUUCGAGCGCCAUAUAACUAAUCUCCACGACAAGGUAAAUUCUGAUGGUGACAAGGAGGACGCAAGAGUACUCGAAUGCAGACUUCAAAUUUUAGAUUCGCACUAUCGUCAAUUAUGCCAAAUUCAAACGCAGAUUGAGAAUUUGCAAAGCACCGACACUGCACGAGCAUCACAAGAAGAAUUGUUUAUCGCCGCAAAGGUGAAAAUCAUGGCUUUAUUACAAGCAAAGCGUCGUCCUAGUGCACCAUCCAUGGCAGAAAGCUCCUUUAUAAAUACUACUAUGACUGCUGGAGCUGCACACCAUAACCGUUUGCCUAAGUUGAAGCUGCCAAGCUUUGACGGCAAGUAUGCAACCUUCAAAAGGUUCAAAAGCACGUUUGCAAACUUAAUACACAAUGACCCAUACAUUGCGACAAUAGAUAAAUUCAAUUAUUUAUUGAACUGUUUGUCUGGACCCGCACUAGAAGUUGUGCAGUCCUUUCAGAUAACUGAAGAUAACUACUCCAAGGCGUUGGAACGAUUGGACGCUCGAUACGACAACGACGUACUCAUCUUUUUAGAUUGCAUUUCAAGUCUUUUUGCGUUACCAACGAUGACACAACCCGAGGCGACGACGCUACAGAAACUCGUCGAUAAUGCAUCCGCUAUACGUGGAUCUCUUCUUUCCAUAGGGUCGGCCGAAGAAAUCAUGAACAACAUAAUGAUACACAUACUGCUUUCGAAGGUCGACGCCCAAACCAAAGCGAAGUACAACGAGCAGCAAGGUUUCGAUAAACUGUCCUCAUGGGAGGAUUGUUGCAACACUCUAAACCGUCGAUGUCAAUAUCUUGAGAGCCAAGGCGAUCAUCAGUCAGAUCAGCGUGGUGCAAAGCCCAAGGUUAAACAGGCAUCAACUUCAAAGACGUUUGUGCCCACUAAUGCGAACUGUGUGUAUUGCAACUCACCAUCGCACUAUAUCAGCAGCUGCAAUAAAUUCAAGGAGUUAUCCUUGCAGCAACGAAUCGAUUAUGUACGCAAGGCUGGCAUAUGCUUCAACUGUCUACGAAAGACGCACUGCAUGAAAGAAUGCCAAUCAAAAUCUAGAUGCAAAAUUUGUCAAUCAGUUCAUCACACACUUCUACACAAUUUUACGCAAGGUGCCAAUUUACGAAUGCCCGUUUCUACCGCUCCAUCAAAGGUCCAAGACUCGAAUAAUGCUAUGCCCCAAUCAAGCGCCUUGUUGGUGUCACGCACUAUUAAAAAGGGCAUAAUCCCAACUGCAAUAGUCCCAAUUAGAGACAAAUUUGGUCAACUACACUUAGUUCGCGCAUUAUUAGAUUCAUGUUCUGAAAUUAGUUUCAUUACAGAGGAAACAGCAAAACUGUUGCAGCUUGAAAAGCGUCGCGUACAACAAGAAGUGAGCGGUAUUGCAGGUAUACGCCAAAAGAUUAGUCAUAACGUAUUUGCAACGGCACCACACUUUGGCGGCCUUUGGGAGGCUGCCGUGAAAUCCACGAAAACCAUUGUGCUCAAAAAUAUUGCGAACGCACAUCUGACGUUUGAGGAGCUUCAAACAGUUUUCAUCGAAGUGGAAGCAAUCCUCAAUUCACGACCGAUUGCACCAAUGACAGACGACCCUAAUGAUGCUGAAGCUGUAACGCCAGCUCAUUUCUUAAUAGGUUCAACGCUGACGCCAGCGCCAGAAGAAACACUGUACAGCAACUCUGACAACAGCGAGAAGAAAAUGAGUUAUUUGAAUAGAUGGCUGAAGGUAGCUUAUUUAAAGCAACAGUUCUGGUCUUUGUGGGAACGGGACUACGUGCAUUCACUUCAGCAACGCGCUAAAUGGACACAAUCGCAGCCGAAU